GAGGUGCAAUUCGAAAUACUACGUGUUAUAGUGAAGGAGGCGUGGCUUCGUUCAAAUUUCCCACGUUUCUUUCUACAAAAUGUGGCCUUCCUCUUAUCCCUAAUUUCCAAAUAUAAUCCCUUUCUCAUCGACAUAAAUCUCUCCGCAAGCCCAUUCCCCCGAAUCAACAAACAAAUUAAUUUCUGAGAGAGAGAGAGAGAGAGAAGAUGGAAGCACAAUUACAUGGGCAUGAAGAGCAUUCAGUGGUGGAGGCACGAGAUGAAGGGGAGAAAAAAUCAGGCUUGAAGAAGGUGAAGGAUAAGGCAAACAAAAUCAAGCACACAAUCAAGAAACACGCCCACCUUCACCACAACCACAACCACCAUGUGCACCAAUCCACAAAUCUCGUCGAGGAGAGCAACACUGUCCCAAAUAAUUCUCCUGCAAAUCUUCCUCACUCCACAUCCACCGCCACCGAAAAGAGGAGCGAUGAUGGACAAAAUUCAAGAUCCAAUCCAGUUUCCGAACAAAACAACCCAAAAGGUGAAGACUCUAGAGACACAAUGGCCGGAAAAGUAUCAUCAGGCAGUGGUGCUGUUGCAGACAAGCCCAAUGCAACCAAGUCGAUGAAGGAAUACUUGUGGGAGAAAUUGAAACCAGGAGAUGAUGAUAAGGCGCUGUCGGAGGCAAUAACCCAUGCAUUUCAGAAGAAGGCCAAGCGGGGGAAAGUGACGGUGUCGAAAGAGGUGGCUGAGCGGCUGGGCACGACCCAGGAGAAUAAGAGGGAAGGAGAGGACGCCUUGGCUGCAGGGGAGCACAGUACGGGGCAGGGAGUGGCGGAGAGGCUGCAAAACGCCUUCACUUCCUGGCUCUCCAAGAGUAAUGGAAUACAGACUGCGCAGGAUUCUAUCGCCAAUGCUCGCUUUUAAUUUCACACCCAUUCCAUACUCAACGAUAAUUACGGUCACUGGGUUUUCUAGAAAAUGCCCAUCUCAUAAAUGGGUUUGACUUUUAUUCAGAUCAAUCUGCAUCUGCCGAUUCACAUA